AUGUGGCGGGCUUUCGCGCGAACGGCAAAGACACUCUUCGAUUGUGGGCCACCACCACCACAAGGAUUACAACCACUAACGCUGAAUCAGCAGGUAUUGCGACAUUCCAUCGGAAGCAAUUUUUGCAAGAAGUACCUAUCCGCCCCGGCCCCCUCCACGUUUUCAACAUCAACUUAUAAUAUGAGUUCCGAAAAGCCAAAGGUUGUGUUUGUGCUAGGCGGACCUGGUGCCGGAAAGGGCACACAAUGCUCAAGGAUUGUAGACCGCUUCCAGUUUACGCAUCUCUCUGCCGGAGAUUUGCUGCGGGAGGAGCGAUCCCGCGAAGGCUCCGAGUUCGGCACCCUAAUCGAGGAUUACAUCAGAAACGGCAAGAUCGUGCCCGUGGAGGUCACAUGUUCGCUGCUGGAAAACGCCAUGAAGGCCUCUGGUAAAUCAAAGUUCCUCAUCGACGGAUUUCCCAGGAAUCAGGACAAUCUGGACGGCUGGAACCGUCAGAUGUCGGAUAAAGUGGACAUGCAGUUUGUGCUGUUUUUCGACUGCGGCGAGGAUGUGUGCGUCCAGCGAUGCUUGGGACGUGGCCAAAGUGGUUCCGGCCGGUCGGACGACAACAUGGACAGUCUGAAGAAGCGCAUCUCCACCUACAAUAACGACUCAUUGCCGAUCAUCAAGUUCUUCGAGGGCGCCGGCCAAGUGAAGAAGAUCGACGCAAGUCCUGGCGCAGAUGCGGUCUUCGGCGAUGUGGAACGCGUGUUCGUGGCCAGCGGCUUCUAAACAUUAGACAUUUCCUGUCUGGUUCUUUGUGCAGUGUUAUCUUGAAUUUCCUACACCCCUCAGAAAUACAUACAUAUACGCUUGUUAAUGCUAAUUACGAGUAAUCAAUAGUGGGAGAGGUAGCACUUGUUUUAAACACCUGAGGUUAGUGGCAACAGACCGUUGAAUACUUUUAUACUUUAGAUAAAAUAAAUGCUUAAAACCAA